AUGUCUCUCUCGCUCUCCUGAUGACUCGAUGUCAACAUCGGGACCGGAGUGUUCAAUCUGAUUCUGGGGGGUCGGCCAUCUGCUGUAACCACAGCCAGAGCCACGUCAUAUUUGUGUGCUGCUGUCGAACGAGCUGCGAGCUGGCUCUUUAUCUUUCCCCGCGGGUUUUUUUUUACGUAAAGUCACAUCCCCGCGGCCGCAGACAUGAAUAUAUUCCGAUUGCUGGGCGAUCUAUCGCAUCUUUUAGCCAUUAUCAUACUACUCGUAAAGAUAUGGAAGACACGGAGCUGCGCCGGUAUCAGCGGCAAAUCACAGAUCCUCUUUGCGAUUGUUUAUACUACCCGUUAUCUAGACCUGUUCACCAUGUUUAUCUCGGCAUACAACACUUUCAUGAAAAUCGUGUUUAUCGCCGCAUCUCUCGCCACGGUCUUCUUGAUGUAUAUUAAGUUCAAAGCUACGUAUGAUCAUAAUCAUGACACGUUUAGAAUCGAGUUCUUGAUUUUACCAGCGUUUAUACUAGCACUGCUGAUCAAUCACGAACUGUCCUUCAUCGAGGUCUUGUGGACAUUCAGCAUUUAUCUAGAGUCAGUGGCAAUAUUACCGCAGUUGUUUCUGGUAUCGAAAACGGGCGAGGCAGAAAGCAUUACCAGCCAUUAUUUAUUCGCAUUGGGAUCAUACAGAGGCCUGUACCUGUUUAACUGGGUCUACCGCUACUAUGCUGAAGAUCAUUACGACUUGAUCGCUAUAGUUGCUGGAUUGGUGCAGACAGUUCUCUAUUGUGACUUUUUCUACCUCUAUAUUACCAAAGUACUCAAAGGCAAGAAGCUACAACUACCUGCUUAGCUUCAGUUGAGAGUAUUAUC